AUGCAGCUGACAAAGAGGAAGUUGAAGGACGAGACGCUGUUGAGUUUAGAGAAGGACAUGGCGCUCCAGGAGCUGGACGCGGCGCUGUCAAUUCUUCGAGAAGAGAUCUUGAGACAGAGGAGUCUGUUGGAGAAGAGUGAGAUGAAGACCGAGCGACUCAAGAAGCAGAACGCGGAGCUCGAGACGCAGGUGCAGGAGAAGAGCGCUCUGCUUCAUGAAUGGAUUCAUACCACGAGUGGACAGAGAGGGGGAGAGGCGCCUUCAUCUGCAUCAGAAGCUAGGAAAACACAGGAGAGAUCCGAGAGAAUGACUCAGUUGCUCGAUGAAAGUGGAGGCUUGAGUCAAAGCGGUCCGAGAGCCACGUUGAUCACUCAAACUACACACUCCGUCCGCGCUCAUGCGACGGAAGUGAACUCAGUCUGUUUUAAUGCGUCCGGCAAUACAUUAUUUAGUGGCAGCAGUGAUGGUACAGUAAAAGCGUGGGAAGCGGAAGCAGGGUCGUCUUCCGCCCCAAGAGCGCUGGGGGAAUAA